CUGAGGUACGGCGCCAUGGCGGCGACCACGUAUAUGCCGGGAGAGCUGGAUCUCGGCAGCAUCGGCGGGUACCACGCCGCCUCGCCGCGCAGCGCCGAGCCCGCCGACAUGAAGUACCAGCACCACCUGCACGCGGGCGGCUCGCCCUCGCCGGGCGCGCCCGUGGGCCUCAACCCCUGGGCCUCGCUGCCGCCGGCCGACCCCUGGGCCGUGCACCAGCACCACGCGCACGCGCACCAGCCCGACGUCAAGCCGCCCGCCGCGCCGCACGACCACCGCCACCUGCAGAGCCACGGCUGGCACGCGCCAGUCGUGUCCGCGCACUACGGCGCCGGCUCCCCGGUAGCGCUGCACGGCGGCUACCCGGUGCCCAUGCACCAGCACCAUAUGUUGCGCGACGUACAGCCCUCGCCGCACCCAUUGCACCACCACCAUGCGCUCGAGCGCGACCAGCCCGAGGAAGACACGCCCACCAGCGACGACUUGGAAGCUUUCGCCAAACAGUUCAAGCAGCGCCGCAUAAAGCUCGGCUUCACGCAGGCGGACGUCGGUCUCGCGCUCGGCACGCUCUACGGAAAUGUCUUCUCUCAGACGACGAUAUGCCGAUUCGAGGCUCUGCAACUCAGUUUUAAAAAUAUGUGCAAGCUGAAACCGCUGCUCCAGAAGUGGCUCGAGGAAGCCGAUUCGACGACGGGGAGUCCGACGAGCAUCGACAAAAUAGCCGCACAGGGUCGGAAGCGGAAGAAGCGCACGUCGAUCGAGGUGUCUGUGAAGGGAGCGCUCGAGCAGCACUUCCACAAGCAGCCGAAGCCCUCCGCGCAGGAGAUCACCAGCCUCGCGGACAGUCUACAGCUAGAGAAGGAGGUCGUCCGAGUGUGGUUCUGCAACCGGCGGCAGAAGGAGAAGAGGAUGACGCCGCCCAACACGCUGGGCGGGGAGAUGCUGGACGGCAUGGGGCACGGGCACUACGGGCACGACGUGCACGGCUCGCCGCCGCUGCACGCGCACUCGCCCGCGCUGUCGCCGCCGCACGCGCCGCACGGCCAGCACGCGCACGCGCAGCACGCCGCGCACGCGCCGCACGGCCUGCAGGGCGCCCACACGCUGGCGGCGCACUAACAGUUCGCCCCGUGGGCGCCGCCGCGGCCCUUCUACGCGGAGCCGCACUAGCCGCCCGCGGGACCUGUACAUAGCUGUACAUACGCGCGCCGCCGGGCCCUGUACAUAGUUCGCGAAGCCCAGUUUCAGUUGUUUCUCUAAUUGGCGUGCGGCCGCGGACCCAGUGACCUCGUAGUGUGUGAUGCGGAGACAGUUCGCGCGCCGGGCGCCGCCGACCGCGCGCUCGCCGCCGAGCCGCCGUGUGAACUUGCAAGAACUAUUUCGACCAGUCUGUUGCCGUCAGUCACCUGUUAUUUUAGUCACAGUUGCCUUUGGAACCGACGAUCUCUUGUAUAUUUUGAAAACACUUGUUUUACAAUUAUAAAAUUAAUAAACGUAUUAAUAAAUAAUAAUACUUGUUUCACUUACCCAUUGCUUUUGAUUUGUUUGUAAAAUAAAAAAGACAUGAUGUCAUCACUAUUGCGCUAAAUACCUCGCCAUGAGUCACUAAACAUGCGUAAACAAUUGUUAGCUAUGACUACGAGCAAAGCGUUUAUAUAUAGUCUUUCACCUACACUUGUUAAAUAAAAUAUAUUAAUAAAAA